AUGUUACUUGGUAUUAUUCUUGCUUGUAUUGGUGCUUUAGCAUUAUUAACUAUUUUAAUUUAUCUUUACCGUCCAUUAUAUCAUCCAAAAUAUCUUGAAGAUCUAUAUGAUUAUCAUGUACUUAUAACUGGUGGAUCUAGUGGUAUUGGAAAAGAAUUAGCACGAUUAUUUCUUAAUGAAUAUGGUUGUCGAGUAACUAUAUUAGCUCGAAAUGUUGAACGUCUUGAAGAAUGUCGAAGAGAAUUAUCUCCAAAUUUAAGUGAUCGUCUUUUAUGUUUAUCUGUUGAUAUAUCUCAAUCAUAUGAACAAGUUCAAAAUGCUAUUGAACAUGCUAUACAUCAUCAUCAAGAUAAACCAAUUGAUAUUUUAAUAAAUAAUGCAGCAAUUUUUUAUGCUAGACCAUUUCAUCAAACUAAACCAGAAGAAUUUGCAGAGAUGAUGCGUAUUAAUUAUUUGGGUAGUAUUUAUUGUACACAAGUAUGUUUAUCAUCAAUGAAACGUCGAGGUUCAGGUCGUAUUGUUUUUAUAUCAUCACAAGCUGGUCAAUUAGGUGUUUUUGGUUAUACAUCUUAUUGUUCGACAAAAUUUGCAUUAAAAGGUUUAGCUGAAUCACUUCAAAUGGAAUUAGCACGAGAAAAUAUUUAUAUAACAUUAGUUUUUCCACCCGAUACAGAUACACCAGGUUUUAAAGAAGAAAAUAAAACUAAACCAAAAGAAACACAAAUGAUUAAUGAAACAUCAGGUGUUUUAACAGCUGGACAAGUAGCAAAAAAAAUUAUCCAAUCAACAAGAAAAGGUUCAUUUACAUGUUCAUAUGGUAUUAAUGGAUUUUUAUUAACUUGUUUAACUUGUGGUGCUCAACCAGUUACUACAUUUAGUGAAAUUAUUUUUCAAUCAUUAUUUAUUGGUUUAUUAAGAUUAAUUAUGUUAAGAGUUUUAAAUUCAUUUUAUAGAUUAGUUAGAAAACAUAAACAAAUACCAUAG